UCCUUCUAAUCCAUUGCCCACAAACAUCGUUAAAGACGCAACUUCUUUCUUGUUUCUUCUUCUUCAUUACUCUUCAUCAUUUUCUUCGCUUCUUCUUGUACUUUUUCUUUUGCAUACAUGGCGAUCUGGUUUGCUAGAUCCAGAAACCUCGUCUCUAGCUUGAGACAGAACCUGGGUUUGUCGGCGAUUCUCAUCAAGCGCAACUACACUUCUCCUCGUCCUGUUUUUACAAAUUAUCAGUUAUCUUCGAGGGUGUUUUUGAAUCCCUUCACGAGCUUCCGUCACGAGUCUACGGCAGUGGAGACACAACCUGAUUUGGUUCAACAGAGUGAUCAUGAGGAUGAUGCCCAGGAAUUGGACUUUCCGGGGGGCAAAGUCGGUUACACAUCUGAGAUGAAAUUCAUACCGGAAUCAUCUUCUCGAAGAAUUCCAUGCUAUCGAGUUCUUAACGAACAUGGAAGCAUCAUCCCCAACAGCGAUCAUGUUCCGGUGAGCGAGAAACUCGCGGUUAGAAUGUACGAACAGAUGGCGACGCUUCAGGUGAUGGACCACAUCUUCUACGAAGCUCAACGUCAAGGGAGAAUCUCAUUCUACCUCACUUCCGUCGGAGAAGAAGCCAUCAACAUCGCAUCAGCCGCCGCUCUCAGUCCGGAAGACGUCGUGUUACCUCAGUACAGAGAGCCUGGAGUGCUUCUAUGGCGUGGCUUCACGUUAGAGGAGUUUGCGAAUCAGUGCUUUGGUAACAAAGCUGAUUACGGAAAAGGCAGACAGAUGCCUAUCCAUUACGGAUCUAACCAACACAACUACUUCACUGUCUCCUCUCCAAUCGCCACACAGCUUCCUCAAGCUGCUGGAGUUGGUUAUGCUCUGAAGAUGGAGAAGAAGAACGCUUGUGCGGUAACAUUCAUUGGAGACGGUGGCACAAGCGAGGGAGAUUUUCACGCCGGAUUGAAUUUCGCGGCGGUGAUGGAAGCUCCGGUGGUGUUUAUAUGUCGGAACAACGGUUGGGCUAUCAGCACUCAUAUCUCAGAACAAUUCAGAAGUGAUGGAAUUGUUGUGAAAGGUCAAGCUUACGGAAUCCGAAGCAUCCGAGUGGAUGGUAACGAUGCACUCGCGGUUUACAGCGCGGUACGCUCAGCUAGAGAGAUGGCUGUUACAGAACAAAGACCUGUCCUCAUCGAGAUGAUGACAUAUAGAGUAGGACAUCAUUCCACAUCAGAUGAUUCAACUAAGUACAGGGAAGCCGAUGAAAUCCAGUACUGGAAAAUGUCGAGAAACCCUGUGAAUAGGUUCAAGAAAUGGGUGGAGGAUAAUGGAUGGUGGAGCGAGGAAGAUGAAUCCAAGCUAAGAUCUAGCACAAGAAAACAGCUUCUACAAGCGAUUCAGGCGGCGGAGAAGUGGGAGAAACAACCAUUGACAGAGUUAUUUAACGAUGUGUAUGAUGUUAAGACGAAGAAUCUUGAGGAGCAAGAACAUGGUUUAAAGGAAUUAGUAGAGAAACAACCUCAAGACUAUCCUCCUGGUUUUCAUAUCUGAAUCUAGAGGAACUGUGAAGUUAAAGAUCUCAUUCUCAUGUAUGAUGUAUGAUGUAUCAUGUACAUAUAUACUUCUCAUCAAAGGCUAUUUAUAUCGUUACAAUCAUAAUUACGAGCCUUUGAGAAAUGUAUUUUCGUCAUUUAAUAAGAUUUUCAUGGUUUGUCCUAACA